UCACUUGGUGCAAGCGUCUGUCCCGAGGAUCUAUGUACCUGGUGCUCACUCCGAGUGUUACUUACAAGUGCUUAAGAGGUCGUUCUUGGUGAGAAUCUACUUGGUGACCGCAGGGUGAAGUGGAAGUUUAUAAAGUCUGUUUCUUGGUGAUUUAGUGUGUCUCUCUGUGGUGAUAAUCCAGUGUUAAAAGGAGUUCGAUUAGUAGCGUUGUGGCAGUAGAAUCGUGACGACUGAAGUCUCUUUGACGAUAGAAUGUGACGCGUGUUGAAAUUGCGAGUGUUUCACCUGAGAGCCGCACCGUGGCUGGAUACCGCUGCUUGUCGUCGCCUUCCAACAGACACCAAAGGCUCGUUCCUGAACCAGAAAAAGAGUUUGAGUCGAGAGGAAAGAAGUUGGAGCACAUAUUUGAAGUCCCUCAGGACAGUCUUGAGAGAGUGUCAGAAGUACAAGUCUCUACAUCAAGAUCUCAUGGCCUCUGGAGCACUUCCAUGAGGACGGUGGAACGCAUUCUGUAGCAAGAUCCACAACUGAAGUUUUGGCUGUGAAUGCAGUGAAAUGCAAAAUUCGAUUCCUAAUUUUUUUUAAGCUGAUCUAGCCUCUUAUUUUCUAGAGAAAAUAAAGUGUUUAGAUAUAAUCUCCGUGUUAUUCUAAGUCGCAAUUCAGUUCGUUUGGAAAUAAUUUUUAGCUUGAAAAUCCGACGAUCUCUUCCUCUCCACGAGUUCUUGUUCGUUGGUCCCUCAAGGCGCUCAACUGGUUGCAUAGGAUCUGGAUCAUCAAGGCAGAAACUUCAUGCAUCAUAAACACGUUAGAAAUAAACUGUAUUUUAUCUCUGUGUCAAGACGAGAGAUGGCGCCUUAAGAGCCUUGCAAAAAUCUUAAAACAAACUCUGAGGUCAAGUGAUUUAUCUCUUCCUGAAGAAAUUCACCUUGUGACGCGAUUCGUGGUGACGAACUAGCGACAAAGAGUGACACUGAGUGUGCAAGAAGUAAGUGUUAGUACCAGGCUGACUAGGGUAUCUAAGUAAAGCAUUCCUAAAAAAAUAAAACUGGCGACAGUUCCCAAAAUACAACGUUCUAAUUCGCACGAAAGUGCCAAGAACACCAACGUGGCGACCAUCGUAAUCCGCAGCAUGGGUGAGAUUGCCAUCACAGGUGAGGUGAGCCCAGAUUACACCCCACAGCUUGAAACUCACGAAGGUGAGAUCAGCUCCAACUACACCCCACAGCUGGAGUCACGUGAAGACGGGAUGAGCCAAGACGACACAUCAUCGAUGAAUGACCACGAAAGUGGAAAUAGCCUUAAAUGUGCCCUGAAAAGGAAGUCGUCCAAGAAGUGCCACAUAUCUCCCAAAUGUGACUCUUUGGAACCCAGAAACUUGAGAAUUUGCUGCACUGAGAGUGAAGGAGAUAACAUUUUUCCUCCCAUUUCAAAGUGCCGUAAAAACUCCCUUCCAGUUUUCAAGAGGAGUCUCAGUGAAGCCUGUUGGUCCGAGUCACGCCGAAGAGUGAACUCCACUUCUUCCACGUCCUCAGAUUCUGUGAUAUUCACGCCUGAGUUUCUUCAUCCUUCACUUGAUCAUCAGGUCUCCCUCUCACUGGCUGUUGGUUCUCUCUCUCCGCUGCAACCCAGUUCCUUAGAGCCUCAGAGAGCUCACAGUCUCCACGUCCUCGAUGAAUGGAAGUCCAGAACUCUUAGAAAAACUCUGGAGGACGCUCCGCAGGAUCUAUCCAGACACCGACGGCCCCAACAUCCACUCGACUACCCUGCAGAACUACAUUUGAACCUUAGAUCCAGAGCUGAGGGCACUGUGCAAGGCAUGAUGGAGAUUGUGGAGCUCCGUGAGAGGGAGACGAAAGAAAAUCAACAGGGAAGAAGCGAUAAAAGAGAGAGGGGACGAGGAGAGAAAAACUCGGCUACGAAGGGCAUCAAGAGAGAACACGACGAGUCUUUAGGUGCCGACUGCCUGACUGAGGACGAGGGCGACACAACACCAGAUGUUCUUCAACACCACAUUAUGGUGGCCGAGACUGUGAAGUCCUACCCUGUCAACUAUCCGGCGCUGAUCCCCCUCUCGCCCUCCGUGGCUGGCCUGGGGCCUUACAACCCUUGCUCCCCCUCCCUGAUCCACGCUAACUACUCCUCUCCUCACAUUAUGGACCAAAAGCCCGCUCAGCAGCAACAGCAGCAGCAACAGCAGCAGCAGCUUCAGGGAGGUCAAGGGCCCCAGCUAGGAGGACCCCACAAUGGGCAGGAUACCCCUGUGGGCCUUGGUGCUCCAGGACUGAACCUGCCCUCAACACUUGAUCUAGCGCAGCUGCGUAAGAAAGAGAUCUUCGCCCAGCGGAAGCAGCGAGAGUUUAUUCCUGACAGCAAGAAGGACGACUCUUACUGGGACCGUCGCCGCCGCAACAACGAGGCAGCCAAAAGAUCCCGGGAGAAGAGACGCUUCAAUGACAUGAUCCUGGAGCAGAGAGUUAUUGAGCUGUCAAAGGAGAAUCACAUCCUGAAGGCUCAACUAACGGCCAUUAAGGAGAAAUAUGGCAUCUUAGGGGAGACCCUGGUGAACACUGAUCAGGUUCUGGCCAGUAUGCCCCAAUCGGAGCAGAUUUUGGCACUCAACAAGCGAACAAAGUUCUCCCAGGCACUCAUUACUCUUAACAGCUCUCCCUCCGUCACAUCCCUCCUCAGCCCCAGAGAAUCCUGCGACGGGAGCCCUGCAACACCUAGUUAUCACGGGCAGCAAGAGCCAGAGUCCUCCCCGGCACACUACUCCCACUACCCCUCACACUCCCAAAUGGACGACCAGGAGAGUACCUAUGACGCUGACCAGCAGUUCACGUCCUCCGACAGUAAUCUCUACUACGGGCAGUCCGCCCUCAAUCUCUCCUCCCGUGCCUCCUCUCACUCUCCCCACUCUCCUGCCACAUCUCACAUGGAUUUCUCUCCCAGUGACCCAGAACUCAGCCGACGAUCCCCAGAGGCACCAGGCAUGUCCUUGCCUCACAAACUGCGACACAAGAGUCACCUCGGCGACAAGGAUGCCGCCCAGUCCCUCCUGGCCCUGCAGGCCAUCAAGUCUGAACCAAGCGAGCACCAGCAGGAGGCCGCCGAAGACUCCGUAGGUUCCUCCGAUGAACGGGACUCCGCCAUCGGUUACUCUUCCUCCUCCUCGUGCUCUGAUUACAACCGGGCGUCAGAUAACAACUCUUCACCACCUACUGCCUGCUCUCUGCCCGACAGCAGCAGUAGCCAGCAGCCUCUCAGCGUUGCUCACUAUCACCAACAGCAUCUACACCAUCACCACCAACAUCAUCAUCACCAGCAACAACAGCAGCAGACACACCACCACCACCACCAGACGCAACAUCAACAGACACAACAACAACAGGAGCAGCAGGGGGAGGGAGAGCAGGUUUUAGAGUUUGAGAACACUCACCUUAGGUCAGAACUGGAGCGACUAGCAACUGAGGUGGCCACCUUGAAGUACAUGUUAGUCCGCAGACCGCUCGAGGGUGAUUCUGAUGGAUCCCGUUAACACCUCAGCCUAUGCUGGUACCGCUUAUUUUUUAAUUCCGUGGCGGUACACGCGCGUCAUGACUGACAUGAGUGCGUGUACUGUGCGUGUCAUGAUGGGGACCUGGCUGUGACAUGGGUACAUACAUACCCCGUGUUUGGGUAUGCGCCCGUGUGUCUGUGAAGGGGUCAGGGAGACCAUCCGUGUGAUAUUCAGACGUAGGUCACCCCCAUGGACUAAUACCCCAAAACAAACCAACAAACAAGAACUACUAAAUAUUCGUGUACUCUCCUGCGUGUGUGUCUGUGAUGAAGCGCCUGCGUGUGAGUGUCUGAUGGUUUGUGUGUGUGCAUGCGUGUGUGAGUGUGCCGCCGAAUCAGGGCGUAUCUUGAUACUCUAAUUCUUAUCUAAUGUUUAAAUAUAAUGUUAUUACUGGACACACGUAAGAAGACCACGUCUGUGUAUGUUCUGAAAAUCUGUACAUAAGUGCCAUUAGAUAAUAUAUGUUUUGUGAUGCUAGUA